CAUUUUCAUAACAAGCAGAUUUCUUCACCUGAAAACCGCCUUUUCAAAACCGCUUCCCUCUCUUCCUCCCCUCUCUUCUGUCUUUGGUUCUGUCUUUCUCCUUCUUCUUCUUCUUCUCUCUCUUUCCCUUUCUCUAUUCGCACGUUUGCUACAGUACUCGUAAUCAUAUAUCUCUGUCUCUCUCUUUCUCUUACACCAUAUAUCCUUAAAGCCCUUAGCUUUGUUUGCUCUCUUGCACUGUUGUUUUCUCUCUGAAACACGAAGAAUACAAUCCCAGUUGUGUCUAUAACUUGAUACUGUAAAAGAAGAAAGAAAAGAAUCAGUCUUUUCCAUUGUUUCUUUCGCUUUCUCUUUCUCUCUCUAUCAAGCCAUGAAUUCAUAAUUGUCAUCAUCGUCUUCAUCAUCAUCAUCAUCAUCAUCAUAAUAUCUCUCUUUCGAAUACGUUUUACAGAAAAAGAAAAGUGAGAAGGGGGGGCACAUGGCGUUUCACCACAACCACCUUUCUCAAGACCUCCCUCUACAUCACUUUACCGACCAACAACAACAGCAACAAACGAACCAACAGCAACAAACCCAACAACUACCGGAAACCACCGCACCCAAUUGGUUAAACAGCGCUCUCCUCCGUUCACAGCAGCCUCAACCACCGCAACCGCACACUCACUUCUCCGACCCUAACUUCCUUAACCUUCAUACUACCACGACUGCUUCUGACUCCACCGCGGCUUCUCAGGGUCCCAACCAGUGGCUUUCCCGUUCGUCUUCCUCGAUUCUUCACCGCAACCACAGUGACGUCAUCGACGACGUGGCAGCCGCAGCGGCAGCAGCAGCAGGAGGAGGCGGGGACUCCAUGAUCGCCGUGGAAUCGGGAGAUUUGAAGAACAGUAACAGCGAGACUAUGAAUAAUAACAACAAGAGCGAAGGUGUUGUAGUAGAAAGUGGGGGAGGUGGAAGUGGUGCUGGAGAUGGAGUUGUGAAUUGGCAGAAUGCGAGACACAAGGCGGAGAUACUAGCUCACCCUUUGUACGAGCAACUGUUAUCUGCACACGUGGCGUGUCUAAGGAUCGCUACGCCAGUCGACCAGCUUCCGAGGAUCGAUGCUCAGCUAGCUCAGUCACAGCAUGUGGUGGCGAAGUACUCGGCUCUCGGUGGAGGGGCCCAGGGCCUGGUUGGUGAUGACAAAGAGCUUGAUCAGUUCAUGACGCAUUAUGUUCUGUUGCUAUGUUCAUUUAAAGAACAAUUGCAACAGCAUGUUCGGGUCCAUGCAAUGGAAGCAGUAAUGGCUUGUUGGGAAAUUGAGCAAUCCUUACAGAGCUUAACAGGAGUUUCUCCAGGCGAAGGUACAGGUGCAACAAUGUCUGAUGAUGAUGAAGACCAAGUGGACAGUGAUGCCAACUUGUUUGAUGGAAGUUUGGAAGGUCCAGAUUCCAUGGGAUUUGGGCCUUUGAUCCCAACAGAGAGUGAAAGGUCUUUGAUGGAGCGUGUGAGGCAAGAACUGAAGCAUGAACUCAAACAGGGUUACAAGGAGAAGAUUGUGGACAUAAGGGAGGAAAUUUUGCGCAAGAGAAGGGCAGGUAAACUUCCUGGUGACACAACAUCAGUUUUAAAAGCUUGGUGGCAGUCACAUUCCAAGUGGCCAUACCCUACUGAGGAAGAUAAGGCGAGAUUGGUUCAGGAAACAGGUUUACAAUUAAAACAGAUUAACAAUUGGUUCAUCAAUCAGAGGAAGAGGAACUGGCAUAGCAACCCAUCAACUUCUACCGUCUUGAAGAGCAAACGCAAAAGAAGUAAUGCAGGUGAAAACAGCGGUGAUCAAUUCAUGUAAAAUGGAGGAAGACAGUCCAGAAACAAUCACACAGAUGAUGUCUCUUCACAUAUCCACUUCAAUGAUAAAAAUCCAACAUACUACAUAGAAAAAUUUCAACAUUAUAGGCUUUUCAUGGAACUGCUGCGGGGGUUUCAAGUGAAAGGAAUAGAUUUUGCUUCAACAUGAGAAAAGGGCUAACACAGAGGAUGAGGUUAGAAUUGAUGGAAACCUGGGUUGUGCCGUUUUGCAGGUAUGCGUAGAGGCAUGCAGUUUGGUGCUGUGCACGCCAUGAAAUAUUGUUAGAGAAAGUUUAGGAAUUAUAUUACUGUAACUUUAUUGGAUAAUUCCAUUUGCAUUGGCGAAUUAUGAUUUUGGUUCUUCGUUCUUUUUGUCUCUUUUCCAUAUCUGUGAAUAAGCUUAGUGAGGGGUUUUGUGAGAGUGUACAGUGUAAUAAUAAUCUUUGCAUAAUUCCUUGCAGUCAUACUAUUCAUUAUA